CGGUCCCAUUAUGAGGGCCUUUCAAUUGAGCUUGUUUCUCCUCGUUGGAUUUUUUACAAGUUCUCUACAGCUUUCUAAGCCGGAAGAUCCGACCUACUGGGCAGCGGUGGUGGAACAUAGCGAGGCGGAGGGCACUUCUGCCCGUGAUCGCGUUAUAUUUGCAUCGGAUUCCUUUCAGAAGAUCAUCAAAGAAGCCGGCGAUGUUGAUAUUAUCGUAUUCCCCGAGCACGUACUGAACAGUCGGGCUACAGCGUCGUUUGUGCCCCAUGAAUCGCAAAAUAUAACGCCCUGCUAUCAGACGGACUAUGAACUCUUCCUCAUUGAGUUGUCCUGCUCAGCAAGAUCUAGUGCUGUUUACGUGGUUAUAAAUUUGGUGGAGAAAGAACUGUGUGCCAAUGGAGCUGGUUCCGAUACCCUCAAUCCCUGUCCUUUAACGGGUGUUCGGUACUUUAACACCAAUGUGGUCUUUGAUCGAAAGGGCAAGGUAAUAUCACGAUAUAGGAAAACUCAUCUGUGGCGUCACGAGUACGUUGAACAGUCAGUGCUUCGAACUCCUGAUAUAUCCAUCUUUACAACCGAUUUUGGUGUAACGUUUGGCCAUUUCAUCUGCUUUGAUAUGUUAUUCUACGAUCCGGCAUUGAAAUUGGUAAGGGAAUAUAAUAUCACGGAUAUUAUAUACCCUACUUACUGGUUCUCAGAACUGCCAUUCCUGGGAGCAGUGCAACUCCAAGAGGGUUGGGCAUUUGCCAAUGAUGUUAACCUUUUGGCAGCGGAUGCUAGUAGGCCUGAUGGACGAACAACCGGAUCUGGAAUAUAUGCAGGACGUGGUGGAAGGCUAGUGGCUGAGAUUUUCGAAGAGCCCACCAUUAAGCUAUUGAUAUCGGAGGUUCCGAAGAAAGAACAUGGUCAAUUGGCUCCAAGUUUCACGCCACUUUUCACACCACAGCUAAAAACUCAAAGAGUGACUGGAGUGGCCACCUACAGGGAUUACAAUGUGGAUAUAUUCAAAAGUGAAUUGUUGGAAGAGAACUUCUUGAGUGUGGAAAGGCAGCUGUGUCACGGCAGCUUUUGCUGUUCCUUUACCAUCGCAAGGAAGUUAACUGAUGCCACUGGCAAUGAGGUGAUCUCCAAUGAUGCUCAGUCCUAUCGCUAUAGAAUAGCCGCAUAUUGGGGCAACGAAACCACUGUAAUCCGAGUGGAUCGCACUGAGCAGGCCACUUGUGCCCUGUUUGCCUGCACAGAUGAGGAUGUCACCAGUUGUGGUUACAUCUUUCCCAAGUUCCAGGAAGUAAUCAAUAAGCAUCAUUUCACAGAGCUAAGAAUUUCCGGCAAUUUCCCGGCUGCUCCACGUGGACGUCGUUUGAUCAUGCCCAGCACUUUGAAUGCUCAGUUCUUGCCUGUUGCUGUUUCGGACUAUGAUUGGUCUGAAUCACCAGAAGCCUCUGUAUAUCCAAAUAGAUCUAUUUUUGUCGAUAUGAAACUGUUGAAGGCGCAGAACGACCUUCUUACCUUUGCCAUUUGGGCCAACUAUUACACGGAACUGCCCAGCACUCACAAUAUGGAUUACCUGAAUCCAGAUUUCAGUAGUCCCACGUUUUCGGCUUCUUCAGGUCUUGUAGUAUCCAGUAUUUUAUGGGUCUUAUGCUCAUUGUUCGUCAUACUGUAGAUUACAUUUUCUCUUUAAGCCUUCAAUUAAUUCUGUGACUCAUAUUUUAUUUUUAUCCAUAUCUUUUUUUUUGUAUUCAGAUAAGGCUUUGUGCUCAUACAACAAAAGUUGUAAUAAUUUUAAAGCUUUUUAUUAACUGAAUUCUCAGCUGGAUUUUAAUAUUUGUUUGCUAUAAAAAUGAACAGUUUCCAAUUUAAAUAAGCCAAUUUUAUUAUAUGAGUUUGAGUUUAGUACUUAAUGGGUUAAAGUGUGCAAUAAAAAACGUACUGCGUCAGCUUGUAAAAAAAUAUAA